CAUGGGGUUCUUACAGCAAAAUGUAUCGGAUGGUCGCUCUAGCCUUGGAUCCCUUCUGAUUAUAGCAGAAAUGUAAUUAUGAUCUGGGCCACCACGUGUCCUUGGAAACUGGUAGAUCUGUGUUGGUACCACCCCUGGGGCAGUGGACUUUAUUCCCAGCUAGGAACUCUAUGCCUUGAGUCCACCCUGCUAGCUGCACUCCUCUAUUACCACUUGUCAGUGGGGAGCAGUAGGGAAGUGAGUGCAGUGGGGAAGUGAGGCAAGGGUUCCAGGCCAACAUUGUUUUUUGUUUUUUAACAACUUUAUUCAUAUACCAAAACAUUCCCUCAUAUUAAGUGUAUAAGACAGUGAUUUUUGUUAUAUUUACAGCAUUGCACAACCAUCACCAUAAUCAAAUUUCAGAACCUUUUCAUCAUUCCCAAAAGAUCUUUUGUGGCCAUCUAGGCCUGCCUUUCACAUGACUCCAGGGGCCACAGCCACAUCCUGGUUCAGCCAUCCUUGUUUUUCUCUCCUACCCUCUAUAGAAGUCCCCUCAGAGAACUCAGCCUCCAGAAAACAAAAGCCAAGGAAACAGUGUUGUCUCAAGUCCGGUAAUACAACUCUCCUGCAAAAUAAGGCAGAACUUAGGGUCUGGGGUCAUUCUCAGAAGGGGACAGAAAAAAAAAAAAAAUCUCAGCAAAGAGCACAGCACAGAUCAAUUCUUGAGUGACUUAUUAUCUUGCCUCCGUACAAUGCGGUGGAGUCUUCCAGUUGCAAUUAUCAAUGGGCAACACUGACUCUGUGGAACAGUGACCUGCAUAACUAAGAGGAAAAAAGUGAAUAUGGUUUUUGCUCACAGAAUGGAUAACAGCAAGUCGCCUUUGGUCAUCCCCACGCUCCUGGUGCCCCUCCAAAACCACAGCUGCACCGAAACAGCCACACCUCUGCCAAGCCGUGACCUGACAGACUUACAUGGGGAGCACGGCUGGAUGAGCAACAGAACGGACCUGCAGUACGGACUGAGACCCGGGGAAGUGGCCACAGCCAGCAUUUUCUUCGGGGCCCUGUGGCUGUUCUCUGUAUUUGGCAACUCCCUGGUUUGUCUGGUCAUCCACCGGAGUAGGAGGACACAGUCCACCACCAACUACUUUGUGGUCUCCAUGGCAUGUGCUGAUCUUCUCAUCAGCGUCGCCAGUACGCCUUUCGUCCUGCUUCAGUUCGCCACGGGGAGGUGGACACUUGGCAGUGUGAUGUGUAAGCUGGUGCGGUAUUUUCAGUAUCUCACCCCGGGCGUCCAGAUCUACGUCCUCCUCUCCAUCUGCAUAGACCGGUUCUACACCAUUGUCUAUCCCCUGAGUUUCAAGGUGUCCAGAGAAAAAGCCAAGAAAAUGAUUGCCGCGUCGUGGGUCUUCAAUGCAGCCUUCGUGACCCCCGUGUUCUUUUUCUAUGGCUCCCACUGGGACAGUCAUUGCAAUUACUUCCUCCCUGCCUCUUGGGAAGGAACUGCCUACACUGUCAUCCAUUUCUUGGUGAGCUUUGUGAUUCCUUCUGUCCUCAUCAUCUUAUUUUACCAGAAGGUCGUGAAGUAUAUCUGGAGAAUAGGCACCGAUGGUCGGACAGUGCGGAGGACGAUGAACAUUGUCCCGAGGACAAAAGUGAAAACUAUCAAGAUGUUCCUCAUUUUAAAUCUAUUGUUCCUGCUCUCCUGGCUACCUUUUCAUGUGGCUCAGCUGUGGCACCCCCCCGAACGGGACUCUAAGAAAAGUUCCCUUGUUUUCACAGCUAUCACAUGGAUAUCUUUUAGUUCUUCAGCCUCUAAACCUACGCUCUAUUCCAUUUAUAAUGCCAAUUUUAGGAGAGGAAUGAAAGAAACUUUUUGCAUGUCCUCAAUGAAGUGUUACCGAAGCAAUGCCUAUACUAUCACAACCAGUUCAAGGAUGGCCAAAAAAAACUAUGUUGGCAUUUCAGAAAUUCCUCCCACGGCCAAAACUAUAACCAAAGACUCAAUCUAUGAUUCAUUUGACAGAGAAGCCAAGGAAAAAAAGCUUGCUUGGCCCAUUAAUUCAAAUCCACCAAAUACUUUUGUCUAAUUUCGCAGAGUUCUGUCAAUUAUUGUUAUGUUGCCAGAGAUUAAAAAGCUUUAACUCUAAAAACAGAAGCUAUUUAUAUGCAUUUUUUUUUUCUGUCAACUUUCUGAGGGAAAUGUUUUAUUUUGUAAAAAUGCAUUUAACUAUUGAUUGGAAUUUCUGUGGUUUUCUUUUGGUUGCCUUUUCUUUUAGGGGAAGCUUUCACCUUGAGCUAUAGUUAAGAGUUCUUUUACUCUAUUAGUUACGUGCAUAAAAGAGAGAAUGCGUUCCUACUUUUUAGUUACCAUUAGGUCCAAAAAGCAUAAACCAUACACACAGCCUUUGA